CAUCAUGCAUGUGAUUUGUGCUGUAUGAGAUUAGACUGAAGUGCAAGUGUGAGAUCUGAUUUUGGACUGAACUCUGCAUAACAUUCAGGAGCGCGUGCAUGAUUAGAUUUCCUUCAGGGAGCAUCAUCAGCAUCACUGCAGCAAGUGCACUUCAGUGCUGGGAUGCUUAGUGAUGCUUAGUGAUGCUUGCUGGGAAUGCAGUGAAAAAUAUAUAAUGUGGAGAUGCAUAGUGAGCCAUCAUCAUCAUCAUUUGUUUGUAGUGCGCUCUCACUGCGUUGCUCUACCUUCCUGGGCAAAUCUAUUAACUUUUCGAAACUGAUAGUGGAGACAUGAGCAACAGUUACAUCAUGCUUUAUUAAAGACUUUUUUUUAGUAAUUUUUUAGUAAUAUUCAUUCAUUCAUCUUCAGGGUUGUGGUGGAUCCUGAGUGGGAACAUUGGGAAUGAGGUGUGAAUACACCCUGGAUCGGAUGCCGGUCCAGCAUAGGGCACCAUUCACUCACACACACACACACUCCUACCUAGAGGCAGUUUAGAGUCACCAGUCCACUUUUGGGAAUCUUUUUGGGAGGAAACCAGAGAACCCCAAGGAAAGCCACACGGACACAGGCAGGACAUAUGGGACAACUCCACUCAGACUAAUUAUAUUAGGAAUAUAUAAAGUUGCAUUUUUGGGGGGGACUAUUAAAUCCACUGUUAAGAAAAAGAGAGCGAGAGAGAGAGCGAAGAAAGGUUAGUAAAGGAUGAGAAAAAAUAAACAAAAAAAGCAGAUUUUUAAAUAAUUUUUUUUUUAAAAAAGGGAAAAUGUGACAGUAGUACAAUAUAAAAUAUAAAUAUAAUAACUAAAUUUAAAAUAAGUACAUGCACAUGUCCCCAUCAACAAUUCAAAUACAAUUUGGCAGAAGUCACAGAGACAAAUGAACAAUCCAAUGGGAAGGAAAGUUUCACAGUAUGAAAGAUGAGAUGUGGAUCCGGUAUAAACGUGGAGCAGUAGAGAAUAUUGAUGUAUCGAUGAGUUGUUCAGCCAGGUGUAUCUUACAGGCCGUGUGUAGACCCGCCAGUCUGAUAAUCAGUGCUGAAAUUCUGAAAGUGAAGCCGACGUGUAAAGUUUACGACAAACAUUGGCACCUGAAACUUUAACUUUAAGAAGCUUUAAUCAUUUUAACUCUGUGUAGUCAGUCCCCUAUCGCAGUGUUUCUAAGUCCCUUCUCUUUGUUAGUCUGUCGAAGAAAAGCGAGGGGACGUAGCAGCUGGAGCCACAAAAGCACGAGGUCAAAGGGCAAGCAGGCAGUUGCAGGCACUGGAGGAAGACGUCACUCCCUUUGUAGGAAUCAGGGUGUGACCUUCAAGAAUGAGCAGUUGGCUGCACCGUAUUGCAUCUUAAACCACGCAACAGGGAUCCUGAGAGUUUGGAGAUGAAUAAGCUGCGUCAGAGUUUGCGCAGAAAGAAGCCAACCUACAUGCCCGAGGCCAGCCGACCACACCAGUGGCAGGCCGACGAAGAAGCCGUGCGCAAGGGCAAAUGCAGCUUCGCCGUCCGGUAUCUGGGUUUGGUGGAGGUGGAGGAGUCCAGAGGGAUGCACGUAUGUGAGGAGGCUGUGAAGAAACUGAAAGCGAGCGGGAAAAAAACGGUAAAAGCCAUGCUGUGGGUCUCGGCUGACGGUCUGAGAGUGGUGGACGACAAAACCAAGGACCUCAUCGUCGAUCAGACCAUUGAGAAGGUGUCGUUCUGUGCACCGGACCGCAACUACGACAAAGCCUUCUCGUACAUCUGCCGGGACGGAACCACUCGCCGCUGGAUGUGCCACUGCUUCAUGGCUCUGAAGGACUCGGGUGAGCGUCUGAGUCACGCAGUAGGGUGUGCAUUUGCUGCGUGUCUGGAGCGAAAGCAGCGGCGGGAGAAGGAGUGCGGAGUCACAGCUUCAUUCGACGCCACCCGCACGUCGUUUGUCCGCGAAGGCUCGUUCCGCGUGUCCUCGGCCGGCCAGCAGGGAGAGAGAGAGGACAUCAUGAAGCAGCUGCAGGACAAAAAGAAAGAAGUGUGCACCAUCCCUGCAGUGCCACCAGGUAACGCCUCUCCUCCAGAAGGCGUUGCCACACAGGUAGAACGAGCCGAGGCAGGCGGGCCACACGUCAUCCCACGCCGUCACGCGCCCCUCGAGCAGCUUGUGCGCCAGGGCUCGUUUCGUGGUUUCCCUACUCUCAGCCAGAAAAACUCGCCUUUUAAACGCCAACUGUCUUUGCGCCUGAACGAGCUGCCAUCCACUCUGCAGCGCAAAACUGACUUCCAGAGCAAGAACCCAGUUCCUGAGAUGGACCUGUCGGUGGCUGCUGAAGCAGACAGCAUCAAUGCGCUGUGCAGCCAAAUCAACAGCUCAUUCACCAAACCCUCAGAGGACCUCGGCGGCCAAACCACCAGCAACGGCAUGCCGGCGUGCAGCGUUCCUCCUGCCAUCCCUCCUCCACCUGUGCCUCAAGGUAAAGUUACCAGCUCGUGGGUCCAGGCGGAGUCCCCUGUUCAGUCUCCGCCUUCAACCGGCCACAGACGCACACCGUCGGAAGCUGAACGUUGGCUGGAGGAAGUCUCCAAGGCAGUGAAAGCCCAGCAGCAGACUCUGCCCACACUGCCACCACCACCUACCCAGCAGCCCCCACCUGUACCCAGUGUACCCAUAGCUCCAGGCUCUCUGCCCUCAUCCAUGCAGCCCUUCCCUAUGGCUUUUGACACCACUCCAGCUCCUGUUGGCCUGUACGGCCAGCCGCCGCUGCAGCCGGGCUAUGUCCCUAUGCAGCCCUACAUGCCUGCCGUUGCUAACAGCAUGACGUACCCCAAUGCCAGCAUGCCCGUGGUAGGUAUCACACCCUCGCAGAUGGUCGCAAAUGUCUUCUGCAGCGCCACUGGUUCCUCAGGCGGAGGCGCUAUGGGGCCCAAGACCGGCACACUCUGUGGCGGUCCUUCGGGUUUUCCCAGCCUGGCAGGUGGCUUUGCUAGCGCUACAUUCAGCAACCAACCUGCCUCCCACGGGCUUGCACAAAACUCACUCACCUCCACCACCUCUGCAGCUUCCAGCAGCGUUACACAGAACGGCACCACGACGAGUGGGGGUGGUAGUACCAACAACUGGCCAAUGGAGAGUCUGCAGCAGUCCAAACUUCCAGCCGAUGUCCAGGAAGCAGAGCGCUUUGAGGCCAAGUGGGCAGCUCUGGAGUCCAAAUCACAACCCAAGGCCCCCAACCCUUUCUCCAACGAUUUACAAAAGACUUUUGAAAUUGAGCUAUAAUUGCACCUAUAAAACACCUGACAUAUAUAGACCCUGAAAUGACAAAUGAAAUCCCACAUCCUGUUGCUUUUGGCUUCUUUUUGUUCUCCACUUUUGUUCCUCUAACAUUUGCACCCGCUCCUCAAGAUCACUCCUGCUCUGUAGGCAACUAUCCAGUUUGCGUUUUGUCUCCUUCCAAAUGCAGGCAUAACACUCUUGGUCUGGGAACAUGACAAUAUCCUAGAACCCAACAUGCGUAGUCACUUACUUUUAAAGAAUGGAAAGAUUUCUGGGGUUCAGGUUGUUCCUGCAAAUGGCCCCAUCAAGCCGAUCUCAUGACCUUCGACAAAACCUGCGAAGGGAGCAAACGACCGAUUACGAUACGGCCAAAACGUAUUUAUUAAUUCCUCUGAUCGUGGAAAAAGAUUUUAACUCUAAUUUGUACUUAUUUGUUGUUUCCCUGUUUUUAUUUUACAUUAACCCUCUGUGGAAAAAGAUAUUCACAUAUAAUUUGGGAGGACUGAGAAGCUGGGUCUCACUAGCCGAGAACAGGCUGCAUGAUCGGGAGACUCACGGAUGGAAGUUGCUAGUAAAUGAGAGUGUAAAUAGCAUGUUUUUUUUUCCCUCACCUAUUAUUUAUCACCCUGUUUGUGAAUGCUAAUUAUUAUUCAUGCCCUGUGAGUCACAGCUGAAGCAUCAUAACGGCAUCUUGCCAGCAACACAUGGACAUCAAACUGAGAGGCUGAUUAUGCCGAUAAAUCGCUUAGCACAAGAGCUCAUUUCAAAUUGACAUCAGGGCCCCGGCAACGUAGUAAGGAGAAGAGUCUAAAAGCUGUAUGUGAGCGAUCGUGAAACAGAACAACGUACAAAGGUGCCUGUUUAGACUUGACCCUGAUUACACAGUCAGGACUCGCAGUAUGUUCGAAUAGUACAGCCUUGACGACCUGGAGCUACAUGAAAGCCUGGCGUUGUCGAUGAGGAGGUACGUACAUGUGAAAGUAUGUGAAAAAGAUCAUGCCGGUUAGUGCUAACAGGCUUAACACUAAAGGUGAAUGGAAUGUUGUUUUUCCUAUAAUUGGGAGGUAAAAUGCAAAGUGUACUGAAUUGUAAAAUUAUGAAGAAAACGCAAAAAGCCCUGACGUGAAAAUUCUCCGAAAUGGGAACGAUUUCUGAGAACGCUAGAGAUGAGUAGUGCUGGAGGGGUUGAACGUUGUGAUGGAUCGAGCUGUCCUGGAAUCAUGAACGUCGUCAUUUGAUGAGAUGCCCGCUCGUUCCUCCUAAUAGUUCUUUUAAUUCCGUUAUCAUAAUAAGAACAUACAUGUGUUUCCUGGCUUUUUCACUUUUUUUUUUUCUUCUUUCCAUUUUGAACUCUGGAAUUGUCCUGGAGAAUAAAUAAACAAACGUAAUAAUCAUAUAUCAAAGGCUAAAGUAUAUUCAGCGGUGGUGUACAUGCUCUGAACAAUACCGAUACCGCCCUAGCCAUUUAUUUGUCCGGGGAAAUCCUUCGUUCCAGUGCAUCAGACAUGUUGUGUAUUUUUAUACCGAUGCAGUUCUCACUCUGCAAUAAUGAUCCAUGCUUUCUGGUAGUUUUGUUAUUCUAAAGUGGUUUAAACGAACACCGAUCUCAGCGUUAGGUCCGUGGUGUGUUCAGUAAGAACAUGCUGAGUGAUUGGAUUUGAUCAGACUCCAGCGUCUGGAGUUUCUCAGUGAGUAGGAUAAAAGCUAGAUAUUCAAAGCCAGACUGCACACUGUGCUUUACAGGACACGGAUGUUAAUAAUAAUAAUGAAUAAUUAAUAAUAAUAAGGUACAGUAUAUUCAGAAAUUGAUUCACUAAGACCAAACGGUUUGCACAAAUUUACUAUAUUUCCAUCCAACCAUUAAUCUACAGGGUUAAAACACAGAGCCUGUUCAGGCUGCACAAUGGGUUCUAUUUCAAUUUUCCCAAAGCGAAUGUGUUUGUAAUCUGGGGAAAUGUCCGAUCUAAACGAGCUUAUCCACGAUCUCGUGUAUAAAAGAUGCCGGGAUGAACCGAUACACCCGGGCUCUAGUCCGUGCGUCCCCACGAAAACCUAGAUCUCUUUUGGAAACAAGGAAAGUAAAUUACCUCAUAUACUUUUGAUUGUAAACUGUAAUCUAGCGAUAAGAAAAACAGCGGAGUUUAUUUUUAAUCUUUAUUUACAGAGUUUUGUAUUUAAACCUGCAUAUUUGUAUUGUAAUUACAUUGUACAAAGACAAAUAAAUAAUAUAAUAUUAAGAGCCGUUA